AAACAGUCAUCAGCAUCCCAACUCAAAUAAUCGUCCAUAUUUACAAAAUUCACCACCAUAAUCAGUCUAUUUCCAAAUCCACCCCUCCUCUCAGGCAGAUUCUCAUUUUCAUCACGCAUCAUCAUCCUCUCAUGCUCAGUUACAGUAAAAAAUCAUCUCGUUAACGAUUGCAUCAGUUCCUUCUUGUCUGCAGGCCAAGGACAAGGAUAUUUUCUCAGAUCCAAUCAGGAAUUUUUCCUUUUUUUUUCCAGGUUAAAUCAUUCGUCAUAUCGAACGUCAGCCUGAGGAAUGGGAAUAGUUUUCACGCGGCUGUUCUCGUCCUUGUUUGGGAACAAAGAAGCUCGGAUCCUCGUUCUAGGGCUUGACAAUGCAGGAAAAACCACCAUUCUUUAUCGACUUCAAAUGGGUGAGGUUGUAUCCACCAUUCCAACAAUUGGGUUCAAUGUUGAGACUGUGCAAUACAACAACAUAAAGUUUCAAGUUUGGGAUCUAGGUGGACAGACUAGUAUCCGGCCAUAUUGGAGAUGCUACUUUCCCAAUACCCAGGCCAUAAUAUAUGUUGUUGAUUCAAGUGAUACGGAGAGGUUGGUGAUUGCUAAAGAAGAGUUUCACGCAAUAUUGGAGGAGGAGGAGCUAAAAGGUGCUGUGGUUCUCUUAUUUGCUAACAAACAGGAUCUUCCUGGAGCACUCGAUGAUGCUUCGAUAACUGAGGCCUUAGAGCUGCACAAGAUUAAGAACCGACAAUGGUCUAUUUUCAAAACUUCUGCCAUAAAAGGAGAAGGCCUCUUUGAGGGCUUGGACUGGUUGAGUAAUACGCUUAAAUCUGGAGGUGGAUAAAAGUUUCGGGGAUUUAUUCAAGACGAUUAUUCUGAUUGAAUUGAUACGAACAUAUAUAAUUUCGGAGCUCUUACAGGCAUGCUUAGAUCUUAUUCCUUUUGGUCCAUUGAGUAUUUCAUGCAACUGAUUUCUUUAUUUGUUCGGAGUUCAGGGCUCGUAAAACGUGAUGCCCCAUGCUUGUUUUUUCUUCUUUUUUCUGAUGGUUCUAAAUAUUGUUCGAUUGUACAGAUAUUACGAAACGCUAACCAUAUAACGAACAAAAUAAAUAUCUUAGCCUGACUAGGAGUUCCAGAAAAGUGAUGAUCCAAACUCCCCUAUACUUUUAAAUAUUAU